AGAGUUGUUGUUCACUGACCGUUCUAACGUGGAACCAUGAAGUCUCCUAAGUCACAAUAUGUGGCCAAAUAAUGUAAACGUUCAAGAAAGGUAAUGCGUUCCAGGUAGAUUUUGUUACCAUCCUGUGCAACAUGUUACCAUGGUAACCUGACAAAAUGAAGUCAUUGACAUGUUUGGACAUUAGACUUUAAUUACCUGGUAAAUGACGGUAAACGACCGUUUCUACGAGUCUAAAUGAAAUCUUGUGUUAACUUGAGUCUGAAAAGAAGAAGAGAAGGAAACGUUUUCUUCUGUUUUCAUUCCAAACUCAGGAGCAGGUUUUACAAAAAUCAGUUUAAUAGAACGAUCUCACUUUAAUGCCAACAUGAUCAGGUCUCUGAGCAAUGUGGGCGUGGCUAAUGAUGAUCAAACUGAAAUUGUGACAGAUGUGAAAAUCCAGAGAUGCGUUUCUGUCAGCAGGUCUGGAAAAUGGUGAUGGUUGCCAUGGAAACCUCUGCUGCACAGUCACCGUCAUCCUGGAGCCUUUCAGAUUCUGUACCUGCCGGCGUUCUCUGACGCUAAGGCCGUGAAAAAGAUUCAUAAAGUUUUCCGUCUUCAAACAUCUUUUGACUUAAAUCUCAUCAGGAGAACGAUCCGAUUCACAGGAAGGGUUGGGAGGAACCUCCUGACACAAACCGGAGCCAUCUCCUGAAUGAACAUAGUUUUUCAAACGUCAGUGAAAGCAUCAGAGGCUUCCUUCCUGUUUUCUCUUCCUCAGACCGCCAGCUGCUCUCGAGCUCACAAGCCUCCAUCCAGCUGCAUCCAGCCGCCGCCUCGCCAUGGAGGAGGUCUACGUCCGCCACGUGGAGCUGCUGGGCAUCGAGAAGCGCUUCUUCCCGAGUCAGCACUUUGUGUACAUGCUGAUGGUGAAGUGGAGCGACCAGUCCGAGAAACUCAUCUACAGGAGCUACCCUGAAAUCCACACCUUCCAUAAAUCCCUGAAGGAGAUGUUUCCCAUCGAGUCUGGUCAGAUCGAGGCCAAGGACAGAAUCAUCCCCAAACUUCCAGCACCACGAUGGCUGGAGAGCCAGAAAUCAAGAGAGAACCAGAAGACGACCUUGAUGGAUUACUGCCACCUGCUGGUCAGCCUGCCGCCCCACAUCUCCCGCAGCAAAAAACUCUCCAACUUCUUCAAGGUUCGGCCUGAGGAUGAAAACCCGCCGGCGCCAAACAUAACCAAGAGAAACGAGACCUUCGUGGUGUCCAAAGAACUGGCCCAAGGCACAGCUGCUGAGAUCUCUGGGCCCAUCGUCUUGGACACAUACAGAGUGAUUGCAGACUUUGAAAAAACAUCUAAACACGAGCUCAACCUGCACGACGGCGACCUGGUGGAAAUCUUGGAGAAAAAUCAGAAUGGUUGGUGGUUCUGUCUGUGCGAGACCAAACGGGGCUGGGUUCCUGCGUCUUACUUGGAGCCGCUGGACGGACCAGACGAAGCCGAGGAGGCAGAACCGGACUAUGAAGGAGAGCUUCACGUCACCACCAACGCCUACGUGGCGGAGCAGGAGGACGAGAUCUCUCUGGACCUGGGGGAAACGGUGGAGGUCAUUCACAAGCUACUGGAUGGAUGGUGGGUGGUCAGGAAGGGGGAUGAGACGGGUCAUUAUCCCUCCAUGUUCCUGACCAAAGCCAGCAAGAGAACCCAGACGUUGAGGGCCAACAUGCAGGGACAGAGGCCUCCUCCACGCAGGUCAACCAUCAAAAAUGCCAAAAGUAUUCACAACAAAUCUCGGCAGCGUCUCUCUCAGGAAGCCUACCGCAGGAACAGCCGCAGAUACCUGCAGCAGAAAGGCAGUCGCCUGGCGUCGCCUCACAGAGGCUCGGGGAAGUCUCCUCUGAGGGAGAGGAAGAACCACGAUAACAUUCCUGAGCUGCAUGGAUCUGAGACCGAGCGCAAGAGAGAAACCCCGGUCAUCCCCCCCCGGCCCAGUCCUGAGCUCAUCCUGGAGCGCUGCACUGCAAACACCUGCAAGAAAGUCAGCAUCCACAGAUCCCAGUCCGGAUCUUCUGACCAGAGCCGUGACCAGAACUAAACCACACUUCUCAUCUCACAUCAUCCAAUGCCGUUUUUCUACUGCUUUCAGGAUGGAUGAUGGAUGGAUGGGUGAUGGAUGGAUGAUGGAUGAUGAAUGAAUGGAUGGAUGGAUGAUGGAUGAUGGAUGAAUGGUGGAUGGAUGGAUGAUGGAUGGAU